AUGUGUUUUAUAAAUUGUCGAUUCGUUUUCUUUUUUUGGAUCAUAUUGCAAACUAAGGGGAUCGUUGUGAAUGAUUCUAGAAUCCAGGUGCUACUUUUGAAUUCGUCAUUUUCUGUAGGCAAGCUAGUCUUUCGACACAAAACUUCUAUCGGAAAAGAUGAAGUACCAACUCCGGGAUCUUGCAAAGAGCAGAUCACAAAAUGGUUUAAUGAUUUGAAUCAACUGAAGCAGGGGAAAUGUGAAAAAUCGGAAGAAUGUUUAGAUGCUCUCGAUCAGUUAGACGCCUUCGUCAGAUAUCCGGCGCCAGGAUCACCAAAUAUUAAUGAUGGGUCUUUUGAGAAAUGUAACGAAUUAAAUAAGAAAGAAAAUAGGCACCGGAGAAAAUAUUGUUAUUUGAUUCAAUCGAAUGAAAAUGUGAACUGUCGGGAAGAGUAUCAUUCGGUGCUUUUCCACGAGAACAGAACUGCUUUUGGUAUCUGUGGACCUGAAAAUUGUCAUGGAAAAGAUUUUGCAUCAAUGUUUGGGGGCAUGAAAAAACCCUUUCAUUUCAUGAUGGACCGGCCGGUUUGUGCAGUUUUCUGUACAGUAAGAGACAUUCCGAAGAAGAACAUGUUUUAUGUGUUUACAAGUUUCCUGAUUCUCCUCGUCAGCAUUGUUUUCUUCUCGUCACUCUAUGAUUAUAUCAGGGACACGAGAUAUCGGUUGAGCUCAGAAAGUGAAAAGGUUUUUGGUCAACGAGCAAUCUUAUCAUGGUCCCUCUGGUCGAACAUUGAGUUUCUGUUCAAAGAUAGUCCUGGAUACAUCAAAUGUCUAGAUUGCCUCCGUUCGAUUACAUUCACCUGGGUUGUUGGACAAAAUGUUGUUGGACAUCUGGCAUUUUAUGAUGCGGAUCUACGAGUCAAAUCUUCUGAAAUAUCAAUAGCAAGUUCAGCACUUUCCAGUCUGAUUCCAAUCUACACCUAUCUUUUUAUAUCUGGUCUUACAGUAUCCUAUACAUUCAUUCGGGCAAAACCAUCGAUAGAAGUUUUGAAGCGGCCGAUUACUUGGUUGGUAUUCUACUUCCAUCGAUGGAUAAGGUACAUAAAAAGAGCUCUUCUUCAUUGCAUCACUAUUGUUGAUGUGCUAUCUUCCAGCUUGGCAUUUGUUCACAUUAGUGGCGCCCAUAUUUUUGAUGACAUUCUAUUACUCUACUGCAAUAGGUACCGUAAUAGCUAUAGUUGCGUCACUAGCUGGUUCUAUAUUCACGGUUUACUUCUUUUACAAGCAUCCAGACAGGAUGAUAAACUAGUGGAAAUCAUUCUCGCAAAACCAUGGAAUCAACUGGCGCCUUAUAUGCUUGGGAUGAUUGUUGGAUGUUUCUUGGCGAAACAUUCUGGAAGUCGAAGAAUAAUUCACCCGGUUGCCUCAUCCAUUAUCUGGAUUGUAGUGUCAGUAUUAGGAGCGUGUGCUCUUAUUUUUGGAAACCAAGGUACCACUUUUGUCGAAAAAGCCACAGCAAACGUUUUGACCCGAGCUGUAUGGUCCCUUUGUCUGAUCUGGAUCAUCGUAUCGACUCAAAUGAAAUGGGCAGGACCGAUAGGACAUUUUCUGGAGCACCCAUUCUGGCGUCCAUUUGGAAAGCUAUCAUAUUGUGCUUUUAUUGUUCAUCAUAUGGCUUUGUAUUUUCUAUUCAAUAUGGAAGAACAUGCACCAAGAUAUGUCAGCUUCUGGCAUGAGUAUUUCCACUACACCGUCCCUAUCGUCAUUUAUUCAUAUUUCGUAGCAUUCUUUUUGAGCUUGAUAGUGGAAGUGCCGAUGAUUAGGUUGGAUAAAAUGAUUCUCGACAAAUGUAUUCCAGCAUCGAAAAUUGAAGAGAAGAAGGAUUUCGAUGAUGAUGACAGUGAUUUUGAGAAGUCUGUAGAGCGUAGUUCGAGUGAAAAGUCCAAAGAAAUGUCGAUAAGUGAUAAAAGCGAGAAAAUAAAAGAAAGAAGUGAAGAGAGAAAUAUUGAAGAUCAGAAAGACGACAUGGAGAGGUCUAGGGAGGAUUAUUCAAUGGACGAGCCACUUUUGGAAAGAGAAUAUUACUGA